AUGUCCAUCAUGUCUGAACACACAUUGUCAGAGGUCCCCACGAGGAAGGACGAAUUACCUCCCGACCUGCUUGCGUUGAGAACCUCCAACGCUGAGAAGGGUGUGAACAUUAUUGCUCAAACGCCCAGCCGACCAUACUCGUACCGUGAAGAUGAGACAGUCUACGAUCGCUUUACACCCGGUCGUAAGCGAAUUAUCACAGCCAUCGUGUCCUUCGCUGGUUUGGGCAUUAACCUAGCUUCACUGCUCGUGCUCUCAGCGUUGCCGGAGGUAGCAGCGGCUUUCAACACAACUGGAACAGUCAUCAAUUUUACCAAUGCUCUUUUCCUAUUAAUGAUGGGCAUCGGUGUUCUCUUCUGGGGCCCAUUAAGUCAGGUCUACGGUAGAAAAUGGUUGCAGUCAGCUCUCAAUCGGCCAAUUUGGCAUAUAUCUCGCCCUACACUUGAACUAAAUGUCCUAGAUCUUCGUCAUAUCGACAGUGUUGUUCUGCACGUUUUCACUGGCUACAGCGGUUUCCCCCAAUCUGCCAGCUUUCUUCAUCUUCCUGACAUUUAUCGUCCGACUGAACGUGGCACGGCAUUGGGUUGGUUUCUUGGAGGCACCCUUAUCGGGCCUGCUCUUGGUCCUUUCAUCGGAGGUGUCAUCGUUACGUACUCAACCUGGAAAUCUCUUUUCUGGUUCCAGGGCGCUCUCGGUGGCGCUGCUAUGGUCCUGGCAGUCGCAUUCCUCCCGGAAACAAGUCACGGAAAGUGGUCUGAAGAAUUGGAGGGAAUGACAACCAAAGAGAAGAUUAGCCAGAUCUGGGAGUGGGCGAAUCCGUUUCGAGUCAUCAGUCUAUUUCGGUACCCCAAGAUCCUCAUCGUCAACAACGGCCGUCCCAGUGGAUGUGUAGCUACAGCCUACGGCGGUAAGGCCCUUCACCAAUGUGGUGUUGCGGCAUCGUCUGUCCUGUGGAAUAUGCAGGUUCUCUUGACACCAGUUCGCUACGUUAUCAACCCGAGAUUCCACCUUACCUCCCCUCUGCAGUCAGGAUUCUUCUUCUUGGCACCUGGAGCAGGAUAUCUCGUUGGUACCUUUUUUGGCGGCCGAUAUGCCGAUUACACCGUGAAGAAGUGGAUCGCUAAGAGGGGACGGCGUAUUCCGGAAGACCGUCUACGGAGUGCCUUUAUCGCGCUAGGGGUUGUCAUCCCGGCGACCACCAUCAUCUAUGGAUGGGCAAUCGACAAGGCUAAGGGCGGUAUCCCACUCCCCGUCAUCUGCAUGUUCUUGCAAGGCGUUGCGCAGAUGGUCUGCUUCCCGUGUCUUAACAGUUACUGUUUAGAUGUCUUCAGAGAGAGGGCAGCUGAAGUCAUGGCUGGCAACUACUUCAUCAGGUACACUUUUGCUGCCAUCGGUACGGCAGUGGUACUUCCAGGUAUUCAGGGCAUUGGUGUGGGUUGGUUCUCCACAGUGAGUGCUCUCUUCGUUGCGAUUUCAAGUGCUGCUGUGUGUGGUAUCGUCAUCUUUGGUACGAGACAGAAGAACAGGGAGGAAAAGUCGGAACGCGCCCAAGCACAUGGGAUUGCUGGAGUUUAA